AGUAGAGUAGCGUGCGUUGCGCAGUUCAGGUCGCAAACUUCAACUAAACAAAAACCAGUUUCGCUAUAUAGCUGAACAGAUUUGCCGGUAGCAGAUCAUUUAGCAUAGUCAACUUGAUCGUUGAGCUAGUUGACGAUCCGCUGUCGGAUUUGGUUUUCGUAUCGCCUCAGUGAAUAAUAUCAAGGCCAGUUUUUGGAAAACUAAAUACGUGUAUGAAAUUAUCGUAGCGACGGAUCCAAUUAUACAAGCCAACUAAAUUAAUACUUUUAAAUCAUUUAAUAAGCGCGAUAUAAGCAAAAAUAAAUAAAUAUUGUGCGGAUGAGUGAAAAAAUCGUGCAUGGUUAGCUAUAAUUGAAUAUAUAACAAAUAAUAAUAUAAAUAAAACAUAUGAAUAAAUACUAAGAAUCCAUUCAUAUGCAAAUUUGGGAUUUAUAAAUAUUUAUAAAAAAAAUAAUGAUUGAGAAAUCUGCAAUUUCCAACGCUGUGGAUAAGCUGAAGAGUCUGCCGGUGCAUAAAUUAUUCUAUAUGUUUUACAUAGAACCAGUGGUAUUCAUGCUGAUAUUUUCACAUAUGCUCUCAGGCACUGUAAUGCGCAAUCAGAUUAUUUUUCAAGCAUGCACGGUGGCUUUUCAUUACAAUGAAAGCGACUGCAGCCAGCUGGACAACAAAAAUGCCAGCUCUGAAAUCCAUGCCAUUGAAACUGAGGUGCAAUCGUAUGUGACCGACAUGUUUCUCACUCGCACCUUGAUGGAGAGCAUCGUGCCAGCUAUUUGUGGCCUCUUCAUUGGCUCCUGGUCGGAUCGAUAUGGACGCAAACCGCUGCUCGUCGUCUCAAUGAUUGGUUUUUCGGGUUCGGCUGUGACAUCAACCAUUAUAUGUGCGCUAUCCAGCUAUAAUGAUAUUAAUCCAUGGUGGUAUACAUUGGCAGCAGUGCCUCACUCGCUGCUUGGUGGCAUGUGCGUCUUUGCGGUGGCCGGCUUUUGCUUUAUAUCGGAUGUAACUGAUAUUAAAACAAGGCCAUACAGAAUGAUUGCAAUAGAGCUGCUGAUGUUCUUUGCCGUCAGCAGUGGAUCUUUGUUAUCUAGUUAUGUAUAUGCAGCCACAAGUGCUGCGGUGACACAGGGUAUUUCAGCGGCAUGUGUGAUAUUAGCCACAGUAUUCAUCAUUUGCUAUAUGCCAGAAAGUUUGCACAUACGCCUCGCACAGGACGCAAAGGAUGCGAGGGACGCCAAAGAUGCGAUGGAAAUAGCUGAGAAGCCUGAGAAGCCUGAGAAGCCUGAGAACGAUAUGCCCAUUACAGCCUGCGAUCUGCAAGUCAAAGCGAUGUCCAUUGAUUGCCCACCAAAUAUGGUAAACGAUGAUCAGAAACUGAUGGAGAAAGUGGUACUCGAUGUGACUGAGAAGGAUGGGAAGGAUAAUGGCGGUAUGUUUGGAUACAAAAUUAAUGAGGAGCAGCAGGAGAAGGCAAAAAAAGAACCGACAAAACUGCCAGAUCCUUUGACCAAAGACACAAAGCAACCCACAGCUGAGCCGGAACCUGAAUUGGAGUCUGAAAAAAUUAGUAUAUUUAGCUUGACGCACUUGAAGGACAUGUUUGUAACCUGCUGCAAGCCACGUGAACAUAAUGCUCGCGAAAUAAUUUGGCUCGUGACCUUGGCCAUGUUCAUGACCAUGUUUGUGACAGAUGGUGUGAUGACUGUGAUGUACUUGUUUGUACGCCAAAAAUUCCAUUGGUCCGUGAGGGAGUUUACGUUCUUUGAGACGACUAGCAAAAUGGUGCCCAUGAUGGGCGCUUUGAUUGGUUUUCUGAUGCUGCGCAAGAUUUUUGGUCUCUCUGUGGUCACGCUGGCUCUUUUAUCUUUGCUCUCGGAAAUAUUGAGUAACUUGACCAAGGGCUUUGCAUCCCAGCCCUGGCACAUGUAUCUAUCGGUUGCACUUGGGGUAUUCCACUCCAUCGGUGGUCCCAUGUGCCGCACCAUUGUCUCGAAUAUAGUGCCCGCCUCUGAUCUGGGUAAAAUUUUCUCCAUAAAAAAUGUUUUGCAAUCAUUUGCGCCCUUUGUUGCCGCCCCGCUUUAUACUAUGAUCUAUCAGCACACUUUGUCUGUUUUUCCUGGCCUCUUCAAUUUUCUGAGCGCAGCUCUAUUUUUUGUAGCUUUUGUGGCCAUUGGUUUCGUAUUGCGCAUUAAGUUUGUACACAAGCAACAUUAUGCCAAGCUUCUAAAGUGAAGCCCAUCAAAUACUACAGCAAACUACUACUAAAUAAAAGUGUACUGGAAUCGCGUAACUCAAUCGAUAUAUUUAUUUUGUAUAAUUUAAUGCCUUGAACGCUUUAAAAAUGCAUACAAUGGCUUUCAAAGCAAUCAAAAGGAAGCAACUCUGACCCCGUAAAGUUUAUAUGCAUAUUUAUUCAAUAUCAGCAUCCACAACUGAGUCGAUUCGUCUGACCGCCAAACUUUCUUGAUAAUUUAAAAAGAAUUAAUCAAGAUCUGCUAAGAAUCACAGUAGAAAAUCGCCUGAUUGAUGAUAAAAACCUGGGCUUAAGAUAUAUCCUUAAAGCAUUCUUACUUAUCGGAAGGGCUUCCCUAGCUACUGAGUGUUAUAGUUAAAGCUGCGAAUUUUCGACUAUUAUGUAAAAUCAGUUCCUCUAUCUCGAAUAAUUCAUUCGUGUUUUAUGGUGCUUUAGCAGUGCGAGAUUUAUUAAAGUGCUUCAAGGUGACACAAAUGUUGAAUAAAAUUGAUAUAUGUU